AUUAAUUAAGUGGAGGGUAUGUCAAAUGAAAGUUUAGGCGCCAUUGUAGGCCGAUAUGUCCCUUUUGUUUGGGGUCUUUGUUGUUAUCGUACACAUCUUAUCUUGCUCAGAAUGUUAUAUACAGCGAGGUUUAGAAGAUCCUUAUGCUGAAACACCAAAAUGUGAGCCUAUUCGUAUUAAGGCAUGCCAGGAUUUACCAUAUAACAUAACGAUCUUCCCAAAUGAUAUGGGACAUGCUACACAAGAUGAUGCUGCACAGGAAAUAAGUCAGUACACAUCACUGAUACGGAUAAAGUGCAGUCCUUCGCUGAAGCUGUUCCUGUGUUCAUUAUUUUUCCCUGUUUGCACAGGGAUGAAAAGGCCUUUACCACCCUGUCGUUCACUUUGUGAACAAAAUAGAAAGGAUUGUGAACCGUUAAUGCGAGGCUUUCAGUUUGAAUGGCCAGAAAUCAUGAAUUGUGAUCGUUUCCCAGAAGAUUCCUUGUGUAUAGCGGAAAAUAAAACAGAGAAGCGUGUUUCCAAGGAGCCUUCGUUCGUUUGUCCUGUUCAUAUGAGAGUACCGCCGAGCUUCGAGUUCCGUAUCAGGAUGGGAAGUGGUCAAGUUAUUUCUGAUUGUGGGAUACCAUGCGAUGACUUUCUUUUUGGUGACUCCUCUUCUAGACGAUUUUCACGCCUAUGGAUUGGUCUUUGGAGUUGCCUCUGUGCAGCGUCCACUUUGUUUACUGUUCUCACUUUUCUCAUCGAUAUGCCUCGCUUUCAGUAUCCAGAGAGACCAAUUAUAUUCCUGUCAGCUUGUUACCUUAUGGUAGCGCUUACAUAUGUCGCUGGAUUUAUUCUGAAUAAUGAAGUUGCUUGCUCAGGUCCAUUUCCGGCACCACAAUCGCUUAGUGGGCAAAUUGAAAUGCCACGAUUAAUUACCCAGGGAACAAAAUUUGAAGGAUGCAUUAUCCUAUUCAUGUUACUCUAUUUCUUCUCUAUGGCUAGUUCAAUAUGGUGGGUUGUACUGACAAUUACCUGGUAUUUAGCCGCAAAAUGUCAUUGGGCACAUGAAGCUAUCUCACGCAAUGCUCAAUACUUACACUUUGCUGCUUGGGCAAUACCUGCUGCAAAGACAAUCGGUAUAUUAGCACUGGGCAAAGUUGACGGUGAUCCAUUGUCUGGUGUCUGUUUCACCGGGUUGACAGAUCCAGUUAUCCUGAGAGCAUUUUUAAUCGCUCCGCUUUGUUUGUAUCUUUUAAUUGGAACAUGUUUCCUAUUCGCUGGAUUUGUCUCCUUAUUCAAAAUUCGUACAAUCAUUAAAACGGGUGGUUCAAAGACGGAUGAUUUAGAAAAGUUAAUCAUGCGUAUUGGUGUAUUCAGUUUGUUGUAUAUUGUACCAGCGCUAGUUGUCAUUGCCUGUUAUCUGCACGAGUCAAGAAUGUCAGAGAAAUGGAUGCUGACCUGGUAUACAACUGAAGUCUGUCGUAAAGUUGAUCCAAAUCUACUUGCGGAUUCAAUAUGUCCUGGACACUUUAGACGAUUAGUUGAAGCUGGCAGUGCCGCGUCUCGUUCAUCAGAUAAUUCUGAUGGAUUUGUUAGUGAAAAUAUUUUUGCCAAGAUGUCUGCAUUAGAAAAACCUGAAUUUGAAUUAUUUAUGAUUAAAUAUCUGAUGACAUUGAUUGUCGGCAUAACAAGUGGUAUAUGGAUAUGGAGUGGUAAAACCUUAGUAUCAUGGCAACGAUUUUUCGCUCGUGUAUUCCGUCGACGUGGUUGUUGUGGUGGGGGGAAUAAAGAUCUCAAUGAUCUGAGUAUUGUACCAGCGAAUCGAUCAGGUCUUGUUGUCGCUAGAAGAGCGGCUGGCGUUCAACCGAACGUCCUCCCAGCGAAUAUCACGUCGAAUCCUGGUUCUGUCCCUCUGUUAACCCGGACAGUACAAUCAAGUCAUCCAGUUCAACCGUUUAUGUUCAAUCAACAAGAUACAACAACAACUACAAGUGGUUGGGCGUCAAGAGGUGCACCGUCUGGAGUGACUGCACCACCAGACAUUUCAUCGCCCCCGGUUAGUUAUGCUGGCCAACCGAGCUGGUUAACCAAUCCGGGUACAAAUUCUUCACUUCAAAUGAAUGCUGGACUAAUGAAUACAAAUGCGCAGAAUGUUGUGCCGACAAAUUCUGGGCUAGGAUUAUUGUAAUUUACUUUUAUUGGCAUUGAAAAGAAAAUAAUAUCAUAUCAGUAGACAUAAAUAUACUACUACUACUACUUAUAAUAAUAAUAAUAAUAAUGAAAACAACAACAAGAUCUCACCGACAUUUCGUUUCAUUGAUACAACCUGUUUUUAUUACUUAUUACUCUUAAUAUAAUACUUAUUAUUAUUUCUACAACUGUUUCAUCUGUAAAUUCGCUCAACGUAUACACAUACAUAUACAUAUUUGCAACAUAGACAACUAUUUAUAACUAACAUUGUUCGCUUUCAUGUAUGUGAGAGCGCGCCGUCGAUUGAGUUCUUCAGCGUAUUCUCCAGCCGUACCCGAUGUUAUUCAUCACAUCGUCAAGACAAGUAUCAUCAGUCCUUUCUUGUAUUGUGUAUAUCAUCUUUAUAUUCCAGACGAUCACUGCCACAUUGUAUAGUAUCAAACAACAGCCCUAUGGAUUGUAUGUGUGUUUGUGUGUCUAUCUGCUCUCUUUCUUACAUACAUACAUACUUACCUGUCUAUCUCUCUAUCGCCUACUAUAACUAUAAAUUGGGCUAUACGGUUCAGGUAGGUGGUGGACGACGUUACACGAUCAUCCAAGAAGGCCCUGUAAGAGUAAUUUGAGAACAGUUUUUAUUUUGAGUUCUUCUUAAAUGUAUUUAUUUAUUUAUUUCCUUCUAUUGUAUUCAACUUGUUUAUCUUGAUGACGAUAAUGUUUAUGAAAGUAACACAAUAUGCAUUUAUAUUAAUUCAUAUUCGCCCAACCCUCUCGCCGGACCACUCCAUCCCACUGUUUCGCCUUCUCUGUAGGGAGAAGGAUGGAAUGAGAAUACUCACUUGUUCUUUGUGUGUGUGUGUGUGUGUAUGUAUGUAGGCUUACAAAUCAAGAGAAUUACUCAUCACAGCAUAUAAAUAUAUACAACAACUAAACGCUUCUUCUACUAACAUUCAUAUAUUUCAUGCAUGUGUUUUGUGUUGUUGUAAAUCGGCUAAGCAUAAAAUGACAAAGUGUAUAUUUUGCUUUUAUCAUGCUUUAUUAAACUACUUGUAUAAGUAUUGCUUUUCUAUUUCUAAAUAAUUGUUUAUAUAUUUAAUAUUUUUUUUGAGCACUCGUAUAACUUCUUUUCUCUCCUUCUAAUAUUGUUUUUUUAACGGUACUUUCAUCGUUUUUUUUUAAAGGAGGGGGGUGGGAACAGUUGAUGAGUUGUUGAAUUAACGCGGUUGUAUACCCCCCCCCAACUAUUACCAAGACUAUUGCUCUUUAUUCUGCUGCACUACGGUGUCUUCUGGCUUCUUUUUAUAAUCAUUGUGAUUUUUUAUAAUAUAUAUUUAUAUGUAUUGUGUAGGAGCAUCGUUAGGGGUGGCGGGAGGUAAGGUAGUCCAUUUCUUUAUUUUUGUUUUCCGUCUAUCCACCCACUCAUCCAUCUCUAUCUAUAUAUGCCCGCUGGUGACAGAAUUUUCAAUGGAUUGAUGAACGAAUUUAUUCAUUAUUGUAAACAGUGUGUGGAUUCUUAUCUUCUCACCUCCCUCCCCCACCUUUAGCCGUCUUUGACUAUCUCCUUUUGUGUUUAUUUUUAAUAUUUUUUUUGUUUUGUGCUUUGUAAUUUUCUCAAACUUUCUUUCUUUUCUUUGAUGCUAAUUUUAAAACCGAGUCAAUUAUCAUGGUGUUCUACACGUGUUUUUCUAAAUAAAAUUUACUAUUAUUGGUAAAUAGGAUGCAUUCACAUACCAUGGUAUUGUAUUGUUUAUUCAUAAUUUAAACUUUUUCUCUCUCUCUCUCCCUCACUGAAUUGUAUUCACUUUCUUUUGGUGUUAUGAUUACCGUGAGACAGACGCGAGUGUACUCAAAGUUACAAUACAAAAAUAACGAAUGUUUAGCGCAAAAGGAAUGAUGCGGAAUGGAUAAGGGAGGUGACCAAAUAAAUUUGAUUACGUAUAUGUAGAAAUAUAUCAAACAUCAAACGGAAGAAUAUUUUGUUUCCUCUCCACGGUGUAUCGAAUCGUGAUGAUGGGUGGCACUUGUAUCUAUGCAUCAGACAUGAUGUGUUUGGUAGGCCAGUUGGCGAGUGAUUACCACCACAAUGGGGUGGGCGGCUGCUACUGGUGGUGGUGGUGGUGGUGGUGCGUGUUAUGUGAAACCAAUACAGGCUGAUCAUGCCAAUGACGAUGAUGUAAUCGUAACAGCUUAUUACAUUUACCUUAAUCAUAUUGUUUUUUCGACCUCCUACGUAUACCUACACACACACACACACAUACACACACGCAUGUAAUAUGACCUUGUUGAUGCAUUUUUCUCCUGAUCUCUUCAUUCUUACAUUGGUGGUAAUUUGUCUGCGUGUGUGUGUGUGUGUGUGUGCGUGCGUGUGUGGUCUCUCCUUGUCUCGACUACUUGCUGCCUAUCAGCUAACAAUAAUGAUCUUUGUUAGUUUUCUUAAGUGAAAAUAAAGAAAAUGAAACGAAGAGGAGAGAAAUAAAUGAAUACAUACAUAAAUAAAUAACUAAACAAAGACGAAUUGUUUUCGCAUUACAAACAACCUUGUUCUAUCGAUUUGUUUUGUUCGCUUUUGUUGACAAUGAUUAA